UUCUAUUUUUUCCCACUAUAAAUUUAGUUCCUUCUUUUCGUUCAGCUUAUUAAGCAGGUGAAUCUCAAACAGUUGAGAAAUAUUUUCUAGAAAUUUUCCUGCAUCGAAAUUUGAGGAAAAAUGGCAAAAUCACCAACAAUUACUCUCAAUAAUGGCAAAUUGAUGCCAAUUCUUGGACUUGGUACGUGGAAUUCACCAGCUGGAGAAGUCGCACAAGCAGUUAAAGAUGCUAUUGAUGCUGGCUAUCGUCACAUUGACUGUGCUUAUGUCUAUGAAAAUGAGCAUGAAGUUGGUCAAGCCAUCACUGCUAAAAUUGCUGAAGGAGUUGUAAAGCGUGAGGAUUUGUUCAUUACAUCCAAAUUAUGGAAUACUUUCCAUGAUCCAAAGGAAGUUCGUGGUGCUUUUGAAAUUACAUUGAAACGUCUUAAUUUGGACUACCUUGAUCUAUAUCUUAUCCAUUGGCCAAUGGGAUAUGUCAAGUCCGAUGAAUUAUUCCCAAAGAAUGAAGCUGGUCAGCAUUUACAUACAAACUUUGAUUUACUUGACACUUAUCGUGCAAUGGAGGAACUUGUUGAUGCUGGAUUAACAAAGAGCAUUGGAGUCUCCAAUUUCAAUAUCAGAUUAGUGACUAAAAUUGUUGAUAAUUCAAGAAUCAAGCCAGUCGUCAACCAAUUUGAAUGCCAUCCAUAUUUGUUGAAUAAAAAAUUGCGAGAACAUUGCAAGAGUAAAAAUUUGGUAGUCACAGCUUACUCACCUUUGGGAUCACCAGGACGUCCAUAUGCAACAGCCGAAGAUCGCAACAUUUUACACGAGCCAAAAUUGAAAGCAAUCGCUGAAAAGUAUAAUAAAUCACCAGCACAGAUUUUAAUCCGUCUCCAAAUUCAGUUCGGCAAUGUCGUUAUUCCCAAAUCUGUUACAAAGGAACGAAUCAUCAGUAACAUUGAUGUCUUUGAUUUUGAAUUAACUGACGAGGACAUUAAGGAUUUGGAAAGCUUUGGAUAUACACAACGUGCCUGUGUUCUCGAAAUUGACGGAAGUCAUCCAGACUAUCCAUUCCAUGAAGACUAAAAAAAUCUUUUAUUCAUGUCAGUGAAAUUUAUUUUUGUGUACUUACCAAAAAAAUUUGAGCCUUAGGGGCUGUUCACUUAUUACGUAACGAGAAAAAAUGACUUCUUAGAAACCCCCCCCCCCCCUCGUAAAAAAAUUUGUAUGAAAAAAAAAAUUUCCUUGUUUGAAUCGUAACAAAACCUCCCCUUAAAAGCGUUACGUAAUAAGUGAAUGGCCCCUUAUUCAAUCGAAAUUGCAAAUAAAAAUGUCCUUUUAUUCCAAAACAAUCUUUGUUGUACCUUUAUGUGCCAUCUACUCUUUUUGGUCAGUCAAUUUAAGAUUUCAUUGAUGUUCGUAUUUCAUUCAAUUCUAUUUACUGUAAAAUUAGUGAAUAGCCAAGCUUUUUGCGACUUAUCAGUGAUGAUCUGGUGACACACUGCAGUGUAAUGGAGCUUAAAAGCAUAUGCC